UCUCCACUCCACCAAAUCAACACCCUAUCAUCUCUUUUGCUUUUCAUCACAUUACUACUACAUGCUAAUACUAUUACUUGCCAUUUUCAAUAUCCAAACACAAUAAAGCAUACUGUUAUAUUUAAUUUAAGUUUUACUGUCACGUUUGAAUAUCAAACAUACUAGUAUAGUAUAGUGAUAGUUACAACACUGUUAUGUAUUUAUUAGUAUUUUUUAUAUACUGAUAAAGAUCACUAGAUCAGAAACAAAAGCAGCCAAAAAGCAAAAGACUAUACUACAAAGAAAGACCAUGUUAUGCUAUGAAAAUGAAAAGAAAAAGCUGUGUGUGUAUUUGUGAAUAAUUGGUUGCUGUAUGUUUGAGCCUUUGAGGGUGUUUUGGGUGUUUACUUCAAAAUAUUCCUGAACAAUCUGCAACCACCCGUACAAAUUAUUUGAUAGUAUAAUCAUUCAUAUCUGUAGGCUACAGUUUGUGUUGCUGUUACUGAGACAUUAGACAUCACAUGCAGACACACCUCAGGCACAAGAAGAAGGAGCUUCAUUUUCUCUAGUUUUCUCUCCUAACGGAUAGAAAGGGAGAAAAAAACAUGGUUUCUGAAAACUCUAUCUCUUCUUCUAAGCACUCUUCUACUUCUACUACUCCUAAGUUUUGCAACUCUUACACUACUAGGAUUUUUGCUGAUGUUGCUGGUGACAUUACAAUUGUUGUUGAUGGGGAGUCAUUUCUGCUGCAUAAGUUUCCUCUGGUUACUCUAAGUGGGAAGAUCCGGAAGAUGGUUGCUGAAGCCAACAAAGGUUCCAAUGUUUCAAAUUUGGAGCUCCUAAACUUUCCUGGUGAACACCAGACAUUUGAACUUGCCAUGAAGUUCUGUUACGGGAUGAAUUUCGAGAUUACGACGUUUAAUGUUGCCAGGUUGCGUUGUGCAGCCGAGUAUCUUGAAAUGACAGAAGAAUACCGGGAGCAAAACCUCAUUUCACGAACAGACAUUUAUCUGAAUGAGUUUGUGUUUCAAAGUCUUCAGAAGUCAGUGGAAGUUCUAUCUACCUGUGAGAUGUUACCGCUGAAUAUCGUAGAGGAGAUAGAAAUCACAAAAGGAUGUGUUGAAGCUAUUGCAAUGAAUGCUUGUAAAGAGCAACUAGUUUCUGGUUUAUCUAAGUUAGACUGUGAUGGUGAGUCUAAGGAACUAAAGGAGGACUUUGUGGCAUGGUGGAUUGAAGAUCUCUCGAUUCUGCGUAUCGAUUUUUACGAGAGAGUUGUAUGUGCCAUGAGAAGAAUGGGAGUUAGAUCACACAGCAUUAUAGCUUCACUGAUGCAUUAUGCUCAAUCAUCAUUGAAGGGUAUUGGGAAAUGUCAAUACUGGAAUCCUUCAAGAAUAAAUUUGAGUCCAACCACUAUAGAAAAGGACCAGAGGACGAUCGUCGAAUCUAUUGUUAGUCUCAUGCCAACAGACAAAAGCUCUUCCAUGAUUCCCUUGUCUUUCUUGUUUGGCAUGUUGAAGAUGUCCAUUAUGUUAGGUGCCCCCAUUCCCUGUAGGCUUGAGCUUGAAAGAAGGAUAUCGUUAAGGUUGGAGAUGGUUUCGCUCGAUGAUCUUCUUAUACCGUCUCUGCAGAGUGGAGACUCCUUGUUUGAUGUAGAUACAGUUCACAGGCUACUGGUGAAUUUCUUGCAGCGGAUUGAAGAGGAAGAAACAGAAGACUACGAAUAUGAAUCAGACGGGGUUGGUUCUAAUGGCCAUGGUUCUCUGCUAAAAGUCGGUCAGCUUAUUGAUGCUUUUUUAGCAGAAAUUUCUCCUGAUCCUUGCUUAAGUCUACAGAAAUUCAUUGCUUUGAUUGAGAUACUUCCUGAUUAUGCUCGUGUCAUCGACGAUGGCCUUUAUAGAGCCGUGGACAUUUAUUUGAAGGCCCAUACUGCAUUAACAGAACAAGAAUGCAAGAAACUUUGCAAGUUUAUAGACUGUCAGAAGCUAUCUCAAGAAGCAUGCAACCAUGCUGCUCAGAAUGAUAGACUUCCACUGCAAAUGGUGGUACAAGUCUUGUAUUUUGAGCAGCUGCGCUUGAAAAAUGCCUUGUCGGGAAGUUCAGGAGAAGGGCUACUAUCACAGAGAAUAAGUAGCGGUGUUCCAAGUGCAGCCAUGUCCCCAAGGGACAACUAUGCAUCUUUGCGGCGAGAGAAUCGAGAACUGAAGCUAGAGAUUUCAAGAUUGAGGGUUAGGCUGAGUGAGUUGGAGAAGGAGCAAAUGUUCAUGAAACAAGGCAUGAUUGAUAAGGCAGGAAAUGGAAGAACUUUCUUUACCUCACUUUCUAAAGGGAUAGGAAGAAUUGCAAAUUUUAGUGGUCAAGGUGGAGGAAAGCAUCAGAAAUCGAGUAGGAAGUCUCGGGAGGGAAAAAAUGGUAGGAGUAGGAGAUACUCUGUCUCAUAGACAUUGUUCUCCUUAGUUAAAAGCUUUUACAUCAUCCUCUAUAUGACAAUUGUAGGUGCUAAGCUGUCCUACCCAGUGACACUGCUUGUUGCAGGGACAUAAUACCUCCAGUCAUUUCUCUUGGCAUCCUCAAAAUGAUACAAUGUAGUAGUACUUGUCAAUCUUUCUUCUUAGAUUGUGAUUGGAAAGGAAAAAACAUAACAUGCAACAAAAUGCACAUAAAUGGUUCAUCGUGUUUUAAGUUUCCAUAACUUCUCAUGCAGUAUAUAAUCGUUGCAAAAGCCAAAUGAUGAGAUCAAUAAUCAUCUGUCCAUUCUGCCAAGUAUUUCAUAGGCACGUUACUGGUAUGCAACGUGCUUCGCAAAUCUGCAACUGUCAUAUUGUUGGUAAUGUUGGGGUGUGUUUUAUCUAAUGAAAAUAAAAUGUAUGGACAUAU